AUGCCUCGUGCAACUGGCCUGCUGGCAGCUGCGCACCUGCAGGCACGCAUGCACGAGGGGCCUGUUGCGGCGCCUGUGGGACUGUCUACUCAGGAGGGGGCCCCUGUCCUGACGCUCGUGGCGGACGUCCACGGCGACGCGGAGACCAUGGCCAAGGCGCUGCUGCAGCACCUCGCCCCACUCGGCGACGCGGCCGUUGCGCCCGGCGCUGCUGCCGUCGCAGAGCCCCCCAAGCUGGUGUUCCUGGGGGACUACAUUGACCGCGGGCCCAGCAGCAUGGAGUGCGCCAUGCUAGUGUUCCUGGCGCGCAUCGCAUGGCCAGCGUCAACUCUGUGCCUCCAAGGGAACCACGAGGAGGCGCCACACAUGACCUCCAUCAACGUGGCCGGUUGCACCCUGGCGGCUGAGAUCGGCCGCGCCUGUGGUGUCACAGAUAGCUUCAACAUGCCAGUCGAAGGGGGGAUGUUCUCCAAAGGAUUUUUCCCCAUCACACAAGUUCUUGCGGCCAUGACGCGCCUUGGCCAGGCGUGCGGCGCCGCCGGUGGCGUGGCGGGUGGCGGCGGCGGCGGCGGCGGCAGCAGCCACGUCGUGCCGCGAGUGUUCCUCUGGGAGUCGGCGCAGAACGCACAGCAGGAGGCCGCCGACAUCGCCCUGAUCGUCCACGCAGCGCUGCGAACGCUGCCCAUUGCGGCGCAGGUGCCAGAGCUGCGCGCGUGGCUGGUGCACGGCUGCGUCGCAAGCCGCGGCAUCUGGGAGGCCUUUGCAGCCGGCGGCGGUCCGUUUGAUCUCAUGAGCCGCACACUGCGCGGCACCUACGUGAUCACCAGCGCCAAGCCCGACGGCACCCGCGCUUCUAUGUGGCAGGUGGAGGCCUGGCCAAUCUGGCACCCGCUUCUGGCUGUGCAGACGCUGGAGGCCCUGCUGGCUGCCAACGGCACUGCUGCCGUCAUCCGCAAGGCGGACGAGCCGCGGCUGGCGGAGAUCACCCGCGGCCAUCCUGACGACUGCGGGCCGCUGCUGCUGGCCGCGCUCAGGACGGCGCACGCCAGCUGCUGGACCGACCCCGCGGCGCUGUCGCCUGGUAACGAGGACAGCCGACGAGAUGGAGCGCACCAAAUCUACGGGCGGCCCUACGUGACUGCAGAGACGGUUCAGGCGGCGCUGGGGCCGACCAACGCCCAGCUCAUCUUCCGCGGGCACUCCUUCAGCCCCACGGGGGUUGAGGUGGUCAGCCUGCCCACCGGCGACGUCGAGGACAAGUGCGCCCCCACCGCCGCCGCCUCAGCCGGCCUCAAGAUUGUGAGCCUGCACUCCGCGCCGGGCCUCGGCGGCCCCGAGGGCUGCAUGGCGAGCAAGGCCGUCGUGACGCGGCGCCCGGGCGGCGCGCUGACAUUUUGCAGCCAGGACCUUAUGAGCACCGCCGAGCUCUACGGCGAGCGCUUACUUGCCCGUCUGCUCACCGGUACCUUUCACGUGGACGACUUGGCCUGGGACGCCUCCGGCGGCGGCGGUGGCGGCAACGGUAAUGAUGGCAGCGCCGCAGGCGGCACGGGCGACGUCGGCGCGCCGCCGCGCUGGGCGGCUGCCGUGGACGCCAAGGCGGCGGCGGCGGCUUUGGACAGAGCGGUGCUGCGCGUGCAAGAGUCAUACGGCCAGCAGGCACGCGGCGACGCGCUUGCCGCGCUGCGCUUUCCUGCGUACGCCCGCAUCCUGGCCCGCGAGGUGUGGCCGGGUGGCCUGUGGGGACACCCGGAGGCCGCCGUGCUGGCGCGGGACUCCCUGCUGCACGCCGACGCCGCCGCCAGCGCCGUUGCUGCGGGCGGCGGCGGCGUCGGGGGCCAGCGGGCGCAGACGGUGGACAGCAGUCGCGUGAUGUCCAUGGCGCGGGUGCUGAUGCAGGUCCCGACGCAGCCCGCGGCAAACGCGCUGCAGGCGCAACAUGAUGAGUGGAACGGGAGGCUGGAGGGCGCCCUGCGCUCAUCCAUGCUGGCUUAUGGGCCCUGGAUGCCGGCGCAGCUAGGGCCCUGCAGCGGCGCGGGGCCUGCCGCGACACGCGGCGGCGCGGCGGCGGCCGCCGCGGCAGGCGCCGGCUGCGGCUUGGCCGCUCUGAUGGAGGACGGUUUUGUGCGCACCCUCCUGCACCAGCGCAAGCAAGGAGUCGCACAAUCAAAGCCAGGGCAGCUGGCGCCAAGCGGGGCGCAGCCGCUGUCCACCGCCGCAGCCAAGACGGCCGCAGGGCGCGCGGCGCCCCGCGCGGCGGCGGCGGCAGCGGCGGGGUCGCUGCUGGCUGGCGCGGCGCCUGGCCUGCACCAGCGGGCUGAGCGCCCGGUGUGGCGGGCGGAUGACCCGUUGGCAGAACAAGACAAGAUUCUCAGGACCCUGGCGUCGGGGUCCAAGGUCACUGCAUGCGUUAGCCGCGACUCGCGACCGGGGCUGCGGGUCGAGGAGGAGGGCGCGGCGCCGCGCCAAGUGUUUUUUGCGGACAAGGAAACGUGGUGGUGCUGCGGCGUGGAGGAGGGCAGCCUCGAGGGCGCCUGCCGCGGCUGGGGCGUGGGUUCCAGCCAACAGGAGGCCGCCCGCGCCGCCGCAGCGGACUGCCGCAGGCGCCUCGUUGAGAGGAACAGCACAUCAGCCGCUCGCCAGUGCCAGUCUCCGGCUGCAGGUAGCAAGCAGCUGCAGAGCAGGCAGCCGCGCACUUGGCAGGAGCAGCAGCAGCAGCAGCAGCAGCAGCAGCAGCAGCAGCAGCAGCAGCAGCAGCAGCAGCAGCAGCUGCGGGAGGUGGCCCAGCCAGAGCUGCAGCCACCCGCUAAGAAGCCGCGGCUUGAGGUUUACACCCCAUUCGGCAUGCUCGGCCCCAAGCCGCUGGAUGCUCAGAAGGAGACAAUGGAUGUCGACGCGCAGGGUGAGCCGCCUCUGCGGCAGCCGCUCGCCGACGCGGCAGGCGCGGUCUGCGAGGACGCGGCAGUUGCUGUGUCUGCCUGCGCAGCAGACUGGGCCGCCUGGGAGGCGGUGGGCGAUGACGACAAAGUCGCCCAGGCCUUUGACGCGGCUGCGCCCAGGCACUACGGCGUGUUUAUCUGCAUCAAAGGUGCGGUGGGCCAGUACGUGCCGCCGGCUGCUGGGCAGACCGGCGCGUCCACGUCAGCGGGCGUGCACCGAGCGCCAGCUGCGAGCGGCGCAGGCCGGGCGGGGGCCGGCGCAGGCGCUGGCGGCGGCGGCCGUGGCCGCUCCCCGGCCGAAAUGGCAAUGGAGCUGCAGCUGCUGCGCACGGCAGCGCGGCUCGAGUGCUGCGAUGGGGGCGGCCCGAAGACGCACCUGGGCGCGGCGUACGCCCACGCAGCGCGGGCGGGCCAAGGGGGCCUGCGCGUCAGCGCGGGCCUGGUGACCAUCAGCCAGGACGGCCUGGCCUCCGCCAUACAGAAGCUCAGGUCCAUUCUCCCGGCAGACGUGGAGGAUGUGGAUAUUGCAGUCGGCCCAGACGCCACAGGGGGCGUGGCGGUGUGGGGCCCGGGCGUGGCGCAAGACGAGCGCGUGUGCCGGGCUGAGGAGGAGUUAUGGGACGGCUUUCAGCUGCUGGAGCCACCGCGCAGCCGAGACAUUUUCGACGUGCUGCUGUCGCUGCUGCCGGAGUACCCGCUGGACGUGAUCAUUAACGCGUCGCGGUGGCUGCUGGGCCACCUGUGCGUGCAGCGGCCCGGCGGCCAGCCAUUGGCGGUGCCUAUGCUGGAGUCACACAGGGCGGUGCAGCCAGCAGGCGUGGCGGAGGGCGCGGCAGCGGCUGCCCAGCAGCCGGCGCGCCGACUGUGGGAUGUGAGCUUCAGCAACAAGCACAGCAACGUUGCUGCGGUGGUUGUCUUGAUGGACGGUGUCCCAGCUGUGGCCACCCUCUCGCCGCCGCGCAGUGAUGCCGACGCAAAGGAGAUGCUGAAGGGACACUCCGGCAGGAAAGGUGUGGCGCGGUUUGCGGCACAGGACAGCGGCAGGCUGUCCAACAGCGGAGAAGGCAAGAAUGUGCGGCACGGCGGCAUGCCCCCGAUGCAGCUGAUUGUCCAGUGUGGCUUUGACAACGAGCAGCUGGUAAAGCUGCAGGAGACUUUUCAGAGGCGGGAGCAACAGCAGCAGCAGCAGCAGCAGCAGCAGCAGCAGCAGCAGCAGCAGCAGCAGCAGCAGCAGCAGCAGCCAGGGCUGCAGCCGCUGCAGGCGAACAAGGCGUGCGCCCUUGGGCGCUUGGUGCCUUUGGCGCUCAUCGGCAUUGCCGCGGCCGUGAAAGCCAGCGCUGCGGCUGGCAACCCCAUCCCCGCGCUGCCGGCGCCUACGGCGGAGGUGCUGGCGGCUGCGGGGCUCGGGGUGCCUGCAAUGGUGCCCCUGGUGGGGGGCAAGAUCUGCGUGCCGGUGCCGCAGCCGCUGUUCAGGCUGCUGGAGGCCGUACUGGACGAGAGCCGGCCCCGCCAAGCAAAGACUGCAAGCCUCGCCUCCCUGAACUUCAACGGCCGGCUGGGGGUCGCCUCGCCGAGCCACAUGGACACAGCGGCGGGUUGA